AGAGAAGACAGAGUCUGACAGAGCAGAUCCUGUGAGACACUGAACAGAGGAAAGAGGACACUGACCUUUUACCCAAACCUUCUCUACCUGUGAAUGACUUCCUGAACAGCACGUUGGCAAAGCUCUGAGUUUUCGAUCGGAUUACACAACCAGGAUUUCUCUCACCAACUCAAGAUUAAUGAUGAAGCUCCUCCUGUUGACUGUGUCGGUGCUACUCCUGCUGGUGGGAGUCAGCACUGCAGAGAGAAUCCUGUCUAGAAGGACCAAGAGGGAGCUUGCCAGUCCACUCCAUGUUGGUGGUAUCAGGGACCCAUUUGGCUCCUACUGCCAGAGGAGAGGAGGCUGCUGCCCUGGCAGAGAUGACCUGUGCACGGUUCCCUACCUGGACACCAUCUGCUACUGCGACCUGUUCUGCAACCGCACAGUCUCCGAUUGCUGCCCUGACUUCUGGGGUCAUUGUCUCGGCAUCCAGCCACCUUUCAUUGGCACCUGUGAAAGAAAUGGAAACAAGUUCUUUACAGGGCAAACAUACAAAGAGAACUGCAAUUUAUGCACAUGUGGGACUUCAGGACGUUGGGAAUGUGAGCAGAACGCCUGUCUGAUUGAGCCUGACAUUAUCCAUGCAAUCAACAGAGGAAACUAUGGGUGGAAGGCAGCUAACUACAGUCAGUUCUAUGGCAUGAUGCUGGACGAGGGCAUCCGGUACCGCCUGGGCACACAGAGACCAUCCAGGACUAUUAUGAACAUGAACGAGAUCCAGAUGAACAUGGAUCCUCACAACGACCGUCUGCCUCUCUACUUCAACUCAGCAGAAAAGUGGCCAGGAAAGAUUCACGAACCACUAGACCAGGGCAACUGUGCCGCAUCCUGGGCUUUCUCAACUGCAGCUGUGGCAUCAGACAGAAUCUCCAUCCAGUCAAUGGGGCACAUGACACCUCAGCUGUCCCCCCAAAAUCUUAUUUCCUGUGACACACGCAACCAGGGAGGCUGUGCAGGGGGACGCAUUGAUGGAGCCUGGUGGUACCUGAGGCGCAGAGGGGUGGUAACAGAAGAAUGUUAUCCAUACCGACCCCCACAGCAAACACCAGCAGAGGUGGGCCGCUGCAUGAUGCAGAGUCGCUCCAUUGGCCGAGGGAAGAGGCAGGCCACGCAGCGCUGCCCCAACACACACAACUACCAAAACGACAUCUACCAGUCCACACCGCCCUACAGGCUCUCAGCCAAUGAAAAGGAGAUCAUGAAGGAGAUUAUGGAUAACGGCCCUGUGCAAGCUAUUAUGGAGGUCCAUGAAGACUUCUUUGUCUAUAAGAAUGGGAUCUACAAACACACUGACGUCAGCUUCACCAAACCUCCACAAUACCGCAAACACGGCACACACUCCGUCAGGAUCACUGGGUGGGGAGAGGAAAGAAACUUUGAUGGGACAUCACAAAAGUACUGGAUCGCUGCCAACUCCUGGGGAAAGAACUGGGGAGAGAACGGCUACUUCCGCAUUGCUCGCGGGGGCAACGAGUGUGAGAUUGAAACAUUUGUGAUUGGCGUGUGGGGCAGGAUCACGAUGGAGGACAUGCACAACCAUCACCACCAUCACCGCCGCCGACACAUCUAGAGACACAACAGCUGUUGAAACACCACCGAGACGUUUGUUUUUAAUCCCAUCUAAAGCUGGUUUGCACCCCAGAGGAGAACCACACCAAGAGUCUCAGCACUUCAGCACAGCGCCUUACUCAUCAAGCUGUCUGGGACAGCCUCAAAAUCAACCCCAGAUCAUGUGAACCCUCUUUCUUUUUAAGCUUUAUUUUAUCUGGGGAUGAAUACAACCCCUCCUCCUUUACCUUUUCCCUUUUAAGAGAACAACUCUCCCCACUCAAGGAUUAAAUCACCAAAAAGAAACACAACUAAGCUAAAGCUCCUCCACUUUGCCUUGCAGUUUGGCACCUCAGGUUCCUAUUGAUCCAAAAACCACACUUUGCAGAAUCCUCAGUGUAAUAUCAGGUGAAACAAAUUCAUGUCAAAGUUGGGUGAUGGCAGAAGGAGAAGCUCAAUUUGAACUUCUUUAUUUUACUUUAUGCUUCUUUAUGCUUCAGCCAGAACCUUUUAGUCUGUCUAGUUUUAAGUCUAUAAUCCAGGCAGACUCGUUUUUACAGAAACAGCUUGGAAAAAAAGAAAUCUGAGAGACAGAUUAUACCACGAGACCCUUUCAGAGCGACACACCCAGCCAAACGGUAACAUGAUGAUAUAUCAUAGAUGACAUGGACAUUUACCUGUCAAUUAUAUAGACCCUAUUUGGUUUAUCCCCUCAGAUUUAGAGAGGUUUUAGAGAGUCUAGUAGCUGCAGGCAGUAGAGCUUCUCACACAUUCCAGUUAAAAUGUAGAAUCUGAUACUGGAAACAGUAGGAGGUUUGAUGUGGAGUAUAAGAUUACAAAGAUUUUAUAUUUAGGAGAUUUACACCACUGAGCAUGACCAGCAAUCAAAAUGUCUCCCAAUAAUGUACCUCUUAAACAUUAUUGUGAUCUUUAAUAAAGAAACAGGCUAAAUGUCGUCCCGUCUUCUACAUGUUUGUACUGGGAAGGACAGUGUCCUUAGAUAAGACUAAACAUAUGUCAUUUGGUCCUGGCUGCAGGUGAAAUAAAUCAUGUUCAGUAAUACUAGAUGAAAAAUGUGAACAUGAGCAAUGAUUAAUACAGAAAGAAAAAAGCCUUAAAGAAACAGAGUUAUUUUGACCGCUGCAAAACAAAGUGUUUGUGUAUAGUAGUCUUCGUUUGCUUUGUUUGCUUUGUUCUGUCUGCAACGUUACAGCUUGAGAUAAAGAUGCUAUUUUUUUGUGCUGCAGUUAUAUUUUGAAGUAUUAUUUUACUACUUGUUUAAGAUGUACUGUGUGUAGUAACUUUCAUAACACUCAUGACUCAGUUGCUUUUCUGCUUGUGCUUCUGCGGGGCGGGUGAGGGAGGAUACUGCUGCUAAAGCCCAGCCUGUGCUACAGUAUUUGAGUUUCUAGUUUAACAGCGAAACAUCUGCUCACGUCACGCAGGUUACAAAUGAGCGGUUUGACUUGAUGUUCUCAUAUUUUCGUUCUUGUUUUAACUUUUUCUGAUGGAAAAUUUUUGUGUGGGUGCAUCAACCUUGUGCCUAUCUUUGCUACUGUACCACAGCUUUUUAUGAUCCUUUUUCCAAAAGGUUGCAGGCUGAUUGAGGGAUUUUCAGAUCUUCUUGGAGCAUGGCCUCACUUGAAAAUCAAAGCACGGUGUAUUAUUACCACGUACCUUAAAUUACAUUCUGAUGUGCCUCAGUUCAAAAGGCUUUUCCAUUUUCUAUAUAACCAUGUCUUCUGAUCUUUAAGGUCUCUGUAUCAUCUCCUUCAGACAUGGAUUAGCAAAUUAAAGCAGAGAGAAGUGUCUGGAUGCACAGGCAGUGUGUAAAGUGGUGGAGGGGCUGUAGAUGGAUAAGUAAUUAUUGCAUGUUUCUCAUGCAUUGAAGUGACUCUUUGCUUUUAUUCUGCUCUUCGUCGUUCCUUGCCACAGCAGGGAGCGAUAAAGAGUAAAAUCAGAAGCACAACAAGUUUACAAUAAGUAACACCAAGGACAAUGUGAAACUAAGCUUUUUGGCCUGGAGAGUGACUAUCAGCAGAAAGAAGAAGGUUCCUCUACAUUUCCUUCUGUGGGCAGGUUGCUAUAGCUCCUUUACAAGAGAGAAAAAGAUCAAUAGACAAAACAGUUGUGAGAUUGGUUCAGUGUUACUGUGGUGCAGAUCUUGUUUGUUUCAUUACAAUUUAAGCAUAUUUUCAUCAAUAAAGCUGGAAGGCCUUUAGUAUUCAUUUGUUAGAGAUAUGUCAUGACUUCCCUCCUCAAGAGCAGCAUCAGCAUGAGAUGCACAAGUUCUGUCCUGAUGUUAGAAACAAGUGACACACUUCCAUUACAAGGAAGUAUGGGAAUCUGAUCAAAGCACUGUUUAGAGACAUCUUAUCACUAAUGUCCAUUUAUUUUGCUUGUAUUAUGUUGAGAAAAACAUUCAUUCAGACUCAUUGUUUGCCGGGAUCUAAUUGACACAUGACACUGAAUUCUUAGAAAAUCUCUUAUACUGUAGCAUUUUCAAGGAAAUGUUUGAAAGCAGCACAUUUGCGAUAUUUUGAUUCUGAUUAUUUUUGGAUAAAAGUUCAGAUUGGACCAAUGAUAACUAUAUUACUGAAGGUCUUUACUAAAACCCCCCAAAUCUAUUCAAGAGAAAUUUAACUUAUUUGUAGCAACAGUUUUCUCCAACUACACAACCAGGAGCUGCAGCAGACACCCACUCAGAAGUUGUGUAUUUUUAUGUAAAAUGAACCACACAAUAUUCAUGAUGUGUAGACUUUAUUUAUGACAAGAUGUGUAAAUUAUAUACUUUUUUGUUGCAAUGUUUUAUUAUCUCUCUGUCUCUUGUAUUGUGUGCACUAAAUUGCAAUACCACGUUAGUGUUCACUUGUGCGGCACAAUAAAGUCUCUCCAAAACCA